GCUCGGAAUCUUAAUUACAAAUGAGAUUGUUUUGAAAGUUUUUUAGAACUAUUAUCAAGAAAAUAUACGGAGGUUUAUUUGAGGAGUAUCAAUUUAUCAAAGAAAUUUCGAUAUACGUUUUCCCAAUUUUCUUUCCUUCUCCAUUUCCAGAUUUUCAUUCUACGUCGGUCUUCGACUGAAUUACGAAUAUUACUUAUCGGAAAACUCGGGGUUUGGUUUUGCGAACUGCAAACUCGUGAGCGUAACUCGCUGGGUCAUGAUUCUGGACUCGGGUACCGUUGUAUAAACUUGUCCCGCCGAAAUUUUAUUCUACUGAGUCACGACGUCAGGUUUUUUCUCCAUGUCGAUGAACUGAAAAGAAACAAGAAAAAGGUUUCGGGGUUUAUAAUCGAAGCCGCAGUCGGAUAUGUGGCAGUGGGAGAAUGCCACAGCAGGCGCCGUCGCCGGAUUUGCCACCGUCGCCGCCGUGCAUCCUCUGGAUGUCGUCCGCACCCGCUUUCAAGUUUAUGAUGGCAGAGGAUCGAAUCUCCCGACUUACAAGAACACUGUCAAUGCAAUCUUUACUAUUGCUCGGAUGGAGGGCUUUAGGGGGCUAUAUGCAGGCUUCUGUCCUGCAGUUUUAGGGUCAAGUGUUUCUUGGGGUUUAUAUUUCUUCUUCUAUGGCAGAGCCAAGGAAAGAUAUUCUGACAAUGGAAGAAAGAACUUGAGUCCUAGUCUUCAUCUUGCUUCUGCAGCAGAAGCAGGAGCUUUGGUUUGUUUUUGCACAAAUCCAGUUUGGCUUGUGAAAACAAGAAUUCAGCUUCAGAAUCCCCUUCAUCAAGCUCAACCAUAUUCUGGGCUAUAUGAUGCCUUCAAAACCAUCUUGAGAGAGGAAGGUAUUGCAGCUCUUUACAAAGGGAUUGUUCCUGGCCUUAUGCUUCAGGUUUCUCAUGGUGCCAUCCAAUUUACGGUUUAUGAAGAAUUUCGUAAAUUUAUCGCCAAUUCAAAGUCUAGAGAGACCAAAGUGGAUGCUCAAAGUUCUGGGGAAUUACUGAACUCAGUUGAUUAUGCUGUUCUUGGAGGAUCUUCUAAAAUUGCUGCCAUGCUUCUGACAUACCCAUUUCAAGUUAUACGAGCUCGAUUGCAGCAACGACCAGGCAAUGAUGGGAUACCGAUAUACAUGGAUAGCUUCCAUGUUCUUAAGGAAACUGCACGGUUUGAGGGCAUUCGUGGGUUUUACAGGGGAAUCACCCCAAACCUUCUAAAGAAUGUUCCUGCUGCUUCGAUCACGUUUAUUGUGUACGAAAAUGUCUUGAACUUGCUCAAACGGACAAGACAUAGGGAAUAAAAUUAAUUGUUCUAACUAUGCUGCUAAUUCCUCAAUACAGAAGCUGGUGGUAAAGCACAGAGCCUAUUUAGACUAAGUCAAGUCAUUUAUUGAGGAGAAAGUUUACGGAUGGAAGAGAUCAUUUCCUCCGAGACUUGCUGAGCUCUCUCCUGUUGGAUGAAAUGGUGGGUGGCCGUCCAAUAUAACAACUUCAAGGUCGGGUACGAGGCUCCUGAAUACAUCUCCUUGCUCAUAUUCUUUGGUUCCCGCUGAUAGUGUCCAAUAUCUUUAUCACCUUCUAAAAUUUUUGUUGGGACUAAAAUUUUUUUAUCCCUGCCAUGGUGCCACCCAUUUUGUUACCUUAGUAAAGUGAGCAGGCUUCAUUUUUCAAAGCAAUUAAAAAAUAAAAGAAAAAAAAAUCUAGUUCACAUUGUUA